AUGUCUGCUCCACACUACAGGAACAGGGACACCCCUGAUUCGGUCUCAAUCGAGAAGGAUGACUCCCGUCUCGAAGGCGGUGUCGUUAUGGCCCCUGUCCUCACUGCCGGUACCACCAAUGCUGACGCCGUCGCCACCACCAUCGAGGACCCUAAAGAAACUGCUCGUCUUAUCCGCAAGCUCGACUGGCACGUCCUCCCCAUCUGCUCCGUUCUCUACCUCUUCUCUUUCCUUGACAGGACUGCAAUUGGUAAUGCACGUGUGCUCGGGAUGCAGACUGCCCUUUCUCUAUCAGACAAGGAAUACGCUACAGCGCUCUCCAUCUUCUUCUCAUUGUACUGCCUGUUGGAAGUACCUUCGAACUUGAUCCUUAAGAAGAUUGGUGCCAAAAGGUGGAUCCCAAGCAUUGUCGUCGCCUGGGGUAUCGUCAUGCUUCUCACCGGCUUCUCCAACAACUUCGCUGCCCUCUUAUCCUGGCGUUUGCUAUUGGGCUGCGCCGAAUCAGGCCUGUUUCCAGGCAUAACCUACUACCUCACUACCCUCUAUCCACGCAGGUCCAUUCAGCUUCGUGUCGGCCUCUUCUUCUCCGCUGCUACCAUUGCUGGUGCCUUCGGUGGUCUCCUUGCCUUCGGCCUUGCGAAGGCCGAAGCCGGAAAGUACGAGGGUUGGUCCUUCAUCUUCUUCGUUGAGGGCGCUCUUACCAUCGUUGUCGGUGUCCUUUCCUACUUUUUGCUCUUCGACGGCAUUGAGAAGGCUCCCUUCCUUACCGAGAGCGAGAAGGUCUAUAUGAGCGACCGUGUCCACUUCGACGGUAACGACAUCCCUAUGAACGACGAGUUCGCCUGGAAAUUUGUCUGGGCUGGUCUCAAAGACUGGAAGUCCAUGUUCACCCUUAUCUGCUACGUUACCACCAUCACUCCUCUUUACUCCACCGCCCUUACUCUCCCCUCCAUCCUUAGCAACUCGCUCAAGUACAACGCCAUCGACUCCAACUUGUACACUGUCCCAGUCUACACCGUUGCAUCCGUCACUGUGGUUCUCUUCGCCUACUUCUCGGACCGUCUCGGUAUCCGUUUCCCCUUCAUCUGCCUCGGCACUCUCAUCUCUGGUAUCGGUUGGGGUCUCUCGCUCAACUACGCCCAGACACACCCCAAGAUCGCCUAUGGUGCUCAGUUUAUCUCGGCUGCCGGCUCAUACGCAGCUUUCCCCGGUGUCGUUGCAUCGCUCACUCAGACCAUUGGCGGUAAGACCAAGCGGUCCGUCUGCAUUGCUAUCAUCGUCGGUUUCGGUGGUCUCGCUGGUACUAUCUCGAGCAACAUCUUCCCCAAGAAGCAGGCUCCUUACUACCACCAUGCGCACUACAUCAACAUCGGCAUGAACGCCGUUGCCUUUCUCUCUGCCCUCUCCUUCGCUGGCCUUCUCUACCUUGCCAACAAGCGCAAGGAGCGAAUGGUCGACUCUGGUGAGGCUGCCCGUCUUAGCAAGGAGGAGAUCGCCGACAUGGGUGACGAGUCGCCUUACUUCAAGUACCGCUACUAG